AGGACAUUUUCAAGAAAGAAUUUCUGUUAAUCAACAUCAGUUUCAUAAAAUUUGUGUGGCAUUUCACAAUUAUGGCUGCAGCAGCUGGAUUUUGGUAGGGGUUAGAUGCAGAAACACUCGUUAAGUUUAGGUGUGUGCACUAAGGAACCCUUGGUAGUUUAUUAAAUUGUUCCAGAUUUUCUCAGUACGGCAUGAUCUGUAAACGUAGAGUGUUGAUGUUGUGUGAACCUCGUAAUUUAAAUUCAUUCUUUUUUUUAAGUGAAAAGCAAUACCUGUGAAUCAUGUCCUGUUUUUUUUUUUUUUUUGUGCAGCAUCAAGGCCCUUCAGCCAUUCAGCAACUACAGAUGGUGAGAAGACAUCAACUACAGAUGGUGAGAAGCCACGCCAGGGGCGCCACCACCGCUGUGACUUCUGUGACUAUGGAACUAAUAAAUUGUCCCAUAUGAAGAUACACGUCAGGAUUCACACAGGCGAACGGCCAUACAAGUGCCACCUUUGCCCCAAACGCUUCACGCAGGGGUCGGCACUGAAGACCCACCUGUGCAUCCACACUAGCAAGCGACCGCACGAAUGCCACCUGUGCCCCCAGAGCUUCAAGCAGUUGUCUGUAUUGCACGGUCACCUGCGUGCUCACACGGGCAAGCGGCCAUAUCAAUGCCCUUCAUGCCCCCAGGCGUUCUGGAAAAGAUACCGCCUCAAAAGACACCAAAGUCAGCAUGAACAUCAUACCAGCACACCACACAGGGUCGUGUGCAGGCAUUCGGUGUGCUGCGACACCAUGGGCUCGAGCAAAUGGGGCUCAGACACCACCAGGCCCUAUGUGCACGUCGCCAAACAUCAAGCGUCAAGGUCUUUCACACAUCCAGCAGCUGUAGACGGUGAGAGGCUGCAUCAGGGGCGUCGCCACCACUGUGCAUACUGUCGCUAUGAAACCGAUCAAUUAUCGGAUCUGAACAAACACAUCAGGGUUCACACAGGCGAACGCCCGUAUAAAUGCCACCUUUGCCCUCGGCGCUUCACACAAGUGUCCGCAUUGAAGAGGCACCAGCGCCUCCACCCAAGCAAGCAACUGUAUAAAUGCCACCUCUGCCACCAGGGCUUCACAGACUCAUCCACAUUGGACUGUCACCUGCGGACUCACUUGGGUGAGCAGCCAUAUCAAUGCCCUUUAUGCCCUGAGACGUUUGGGCGGCAGGACCACCUCGAAAGACAUCUGCAUCAGCAUGAACAUCAGUGACCAUUUCGAAGCGAGUUCUCCUGUCUGAGCUUUUUUUUUUUGCAAAGGCUCAUUUGAUUGCUUACUCCA